CCAAAAGCGUCGAGCUCACCGGCUCCGCGCGGAGAGAAAAACAAGCGAGGUUCUCAAGAGCUGCUUGCGGGAAACCACGGAUUUGUAAACGUUUUACGGGCGUGCGGACGUUUUCUGACGGGUCUGUGGACGCGUGGCAUGGGAUUCGGGAGCCGAGAAUCCCAUGAGAGACGCUCGAGCAAGUCGUGAGGCGCGCGGGAGGGAGCGUACACGUACACGUAGACGUACGCGCACCUGUACACGUACACGUUCACGUUCACAUACCUGACUUUGCUUCCGGAAUGCGGGACGGGAGGGCAUUUGUCCACGAGAUCUGAGUAAACUUUGAAAGGGACUGCCUACGAAACGAGGGAAGCCCGUAAACGUUACGGUACGCACAACUGUUCACGUACACGUACCUGGACUUGCUUCCGAAAUGCGGGACGGGAGGACAUCCGUCCGUGAGAUCUGAGUAAACUUGGACAAAAGGAAUUGCAUUACAAACCUACAAAACGAGAGUGUCCGAUACGUUCCGUCUCAAGCUCGUCGCGAUGUCGGCGCUGCGGAAGAAGUUCGGGGAUGACUACCAGGUGGUGACCACGUCCUCAAGCGGCACCGGCUUCAACCCGCGGCAGCCGAGAAGAAGAAGAAAGCGGCAGCGCUUCGUGGACAAGAACGGCCGCUGCAACGUGCAGCACGGCAACCUGGGCAGCGAGACCAGCCGUUACCUGUCCGACCUCUUCACCACGCUGGUGGACCUCAAGUGGCGCUGGAACCUCUUCAUCUUCAUCCUCACCUACACGGUGGCCUGGCUCUUCAUGGCCUCCAUGUGGUGGGUGAUCGCCUUCAUCCGCGGCGACCUGGACCAGGCGCACGACGACAAGUACACGCCGUGCGUGGCCAACGUCUACAACUUCCCCUCGGCCUUCCUCUUCUUCAUCGAGACCGAGGCCACCAUCGGCUACGGCUACCGCUACAUCACGGACAAGUGCCCCGAGGGCAUCAUCCUCUUCCUCUUCCAGUCCAUCCUGGGGUCUAUCGUGGACGCCUUCCUCAUCGGCUGCAUGUUCAUCAAGAUGUCGCAGCCCAAGAAGCGUGCCGAGACGCUUAUGUUCAGCGAGCACGCCGCCAUCUCCAUGCGGGACGGCAAGCUGACCCUCAUGUUCCGGGUGGGCAACCUGAGGAACAGUCACAUGGUGUCGGCACAGAUCCGCUGCAAACUUCUCAAAUCUCGGCAGACUCCCGAGGGCGAGUUCCUCCCUUUGGACCAGCUGGAGCUGGACGUUGGCUUCAGCACAGGAGCAGACCAGCUCUUCCUAGUGUCUCCUCUGACCAUUUGCCAUGUGAUCGACUCCAAGAGCCCGUUCUACGACCUCUCACUCAGGUCCAUGCAGACUGAGCAGUUUGAGAUUGUCGUGAUCCUGGAAGGCAUCGUGGAGACCACUGGCAUGACCUGCCAGGCCCGCACCUCGUACACGGAGGAUGAGGUCCUGUGGGGUCACCGUUUCUUCCCGGUCAUCUCUCUGGAGGAGGGCUUCUUUAAGGUGGACUACUCGCAGUUCCACGGCACCUUCGAGGUCCCCACUCCCCCCCACAGCGUCAAAGAGCAGGAGGAGAGUUUGCUGCUGUCUUCGCCCCUUACUGCCCCCUCGCUGUGCCAUAGCACUGGCGGCCUUACUGAGGGCAGCGGGACUCUAGAGGGUCUGGAGCUGCAGAGCGACGCAGAGACCGCAUCGGUCAACAUGGCCGCCCCGCUGUCUAGCACCAAGCUUCCGGCCAAGCUGCAGAAGCUGACCGGCCGGGACGGAGGUGGACGAGAUGGCAUGCCCCGCAAGCUGCUGCGCAUGAGCUCCGAAAUCACUUACAACCUGGGAGACCUGCCUGUCAAGCUCCAGCGGAUAAGCUCCGCCCCCGGCGUGGCUGAAGAAAGGUUACCACCGAUCAGCUCCCUCCUCAGCCCCACCGAGGACAAGCUGCCUCCCAAACUAGGGCUGGUUGGCGGGAUUGAACCCAUCAGCCAAUCGGUGACAGACCUGCCCCCCAAACUGCAGCGGUUGGCUGGUGGGGUAGGAGGGGUCGGGAUUGGAGGGAGAAUGGACGGUCACCUGCCGCCCAAACUCCGGAAGAUGAACUCAGAGAGGUUCACAGGGUUAAGUCUGAAAUGAACUGACUUGCCAUUUACCUCCUUUGUAAUCGUGGCUGAAUAAAACGGACAAUAACGUUAAAGCGAUACUUCAGAAAAUUACAUUUACACAAUUUUGCCCUUCCCCCAAAUGUGGUUGGUGCGCCAGGACAUGUUUGGUGUCUGAAUUUAGCUUGUUUUUAUACUGGAGCUCAAUGCCUAAUGUAGCUGAAGAGCAAUGGAAGCUUAAGUGGGCAGUAUACUUGAAAUGAACAUGCUGUCAGAAAGUGUACCGAAAGGGCCCAUACCAUGGAAAAAUGAAUUAAAAAAAAAGUUAUUUUCAAGUUAAGAUGUGAAAAUAAGUGAACACAUC